AAAAAUUGGAUAAAGAUGGGAUUUUUAUGGUUUAUCUGCCUCGAAUCGGUGGUCUUGAGCGCCACGGACCCGGGCGAUUACGCCGUUCUUGAUGAAUUCCGGAGAGGGUUGUCCAACUCGGAGCUGCUCGAGUGGCCUACGGACAACAACGAUCCCUGCGGCAAUCCGAGAUGGCCUCACGUCGGCUGCUCCGGUUCUCGGGUGACACAGAUUCAGUUGCAGAGCAUGGGAUUGAGCGGGCCUCUGCCUCAGAACUUCAACAAGCUCUCCAUGCUGACCAACAUUGGUUUUCAGAGGAACAAGUUCACCGGAAAGUUGCCAUCGUUCAAUGGUUUGUCUAGUCUGCAGCGUGCCUAUCUCGAUCUCAAUCAGUUCGACACCAUUCCCUCGGAUUUCUUCGUCGGCCUCGAUAAUCUGCAGGUUCUAACUUUGGAUCAUAACCCUCUGAAUCAGAGUACCGGGUGGACCUUGCCGUCGGAUUUGGCCAAUUCGGCGCAGCUGAUGAAUCUGUCCCUGGUCGAGUGUAAUCUUGUCGGUCCGCUGCCGGAAUUCCUGGGAAGCAUGAAGUCUUUGACUGCUCUGAGGAUAGCUCAGAACAAAUUCACUGGUGGGAUUCCGACAAGCUACUCAGGUAUGCCAUUGCAGGUCCUAUGGCUGAACGAUCAGGAAGGUGCAGGAUUAACCGGCUCGAUCGACAUCAUUACUAGCAUGACAAUGCUGAGUGAUGCUGUGGUUUAUGGAAAUCAGUUCUCAGGGCCUAUUCCCAGUUCGAUCGGCUCAUUAACUUCACUGAAACGGCUGUUCCUCAACAGCAACCAGUUUGUCGGCCUUGUUCCUGAGACUUUGAUGAGUUUGCCGAUGCUUCAGUCACUGCGUUUGGACAAGAACAUGCUCAUGGGGCCAAUUCCAAAGGCGAGCUUCAGUGACUUCAAUUAUGCUCAUAAUUCGUUUUGCCAAUCAACACCAGGAGUGCCUUGCUCACCACAAGUCGAUGCACUUUUGGAAUUCCUUGAAGAAGUGAAUUAUCCAUCAAAGCUCACUCGUUCUUGGUCUGGCAAUGAUCCUUGCGCCGGGCCAUGGUUCGGUAUUUCCUGCUCCGAUGGCAAGGUUUCCAUUAUAAAUCUUCAGAACUCUCAAUUAAGUGGCACGAUUAGUGAAUCUUUGGGUAAGCUGGAUUCUCUCAUGAAUUUGAUUCUGAAGGGUAACAAUCUUACUGGCCCAAUUCCUCCUAGCAUGACAAGCUUGAAAUCGUUGAAGACACUGGACCUUUCUUACAACAAUCUCUCACCUCCUGUUCCUCAAUUCCCUAGUACUGUGACAGUCCUCCUUGAGGGAAACAAGUUGUUGAAGAAUUCUCCUCCUCCACCAACAUCUCCUCCUCCUCCAGCAUCUCCUCCUCCUCCAGCAACUCCUCCUCCUCCUCCAGCAUCUCCUCCUCCUCCAGCAACUCCUCCUCCAGCAUCUCCUCCUCCAGCAACUCCUCCUCCUCCAGCAUCUCCUCCUCCUCCUCCAGCAUCUCCUCCUCCUUCAGCAUCUCCUCCUCCAGAAACUCCUCCUCCUCCUCCAGCAUCUGCUCCCAGUCCCGGCAACAAUAACCCACCUGCCUCGCCUAGCCACACAUCUUCUUCUUCUACUUCUAGCGCGAAGAUCAUCAUUGCAACUGUAGUUGGAGCCUCAGUUAUACUAUUUGCCAUUCUAUUUUGGUACUGCCGUCGGAAGGGUAAAACCAAUGUGACUGCAGUGCCAAAUUCCUCCAUCUUGCGUCUUACGAAUCCUGAUGAUCCAGAAAGCUCAGCUGAUUUGACACCUAAAAUUACUAUCAGUAUCGGUGAUCAUAGUGGCACACCCGCCAUCAACUCAGGCAACCUGACGAUAACAAUCCAAGUGCUUCGAGGUGCUACGAAAAACUUUGCUCCCGAGAAUGUUCUUGGUCGGGGUGGAUUCGGUGUGGUCUACAAGGGGGAGUUGCAUGAUGGAACAUUGAUAGCAGUGAAGAGGAUGGAGUCUGGUGUUCCAAAUAACAAAGCUUUCGAUGAAUUCCAUUCUGAGAUUGCUGUUCUUUCAAAGGUCCGACACCGUAAUUUGGUCUCUAUUCUUGGUUUCUCUGCAGAGGACAAUGAGAGACUUCUAGUAUACGAGUACAUGCAUCACGGAGCUUUGAGCAAGCAUCUCUUCCAAUGGAAGGAGCAGGGGUUGGAACCUUUGUGUUGGAAGAAGAGACUAACCAUCGCAUUGGAUGUUGCCCGAGGGAUGGAGUACCUUCAUUGUUUGGCUAACCAGUCCUUCAUUCACCGGGAUCUCAAGUCUUCCAACAUACUACUAAGAGAUGAUUACAGAGCAAAAAUUUCAGAUUUUGGACUGGUCAAAUUUGCAACAAACAAUAAAGCAUCUAUUGCAACUAGACUUGCUGGGACAUUCGGAUACUUGGCUCCAGAGUAUGCUGUAACCGGCAAAGUUACGACCAAAGUCGAUGUCUUCAGUUUUGGUAUUGUGCUCAUGGAGCUGCUGACUGGUAUGAUGGCACUGGAUGAGAAACGACCCGAUGAAAGCUGCUACCUGGCCUCCUGGUUCUGCAGGAUGAAGGCCAGCUCGGAGGAUCUAAGGAGCAUCAUUGACCCGUCUAUAGACAUCACCGAUGAGACGUUCGAAGGUGUUUCCAUCAUUGCUGAACUAGCAGGCCAUUGUGCCGCACGCGAGCCUCACCAGCGGCCUGAUAUGGGACAUGCAGUCGGUGUACUUGCUCCGCUUGUCGAGAAAUGGAUACCAACAACAACCGGUGAUCAGGAACAGGAUUACUACGCUUUAGAUUUUCAUCAACCCCUUCUUCAGAUGGUGGAGAGAUGGCAGCAUGCUGGUGAUACGACUAGUUCGAUCAACCUUCAAGACAGUAAAGGAAGCAUCCCAGCCAGGCCUGCUGGAUUCGCGGAGUCCUUCAAUUCUGCGGAUGGCCGGUGAAUGAA